UUUCUCUCGUCCUAAAGAUGGCGGCAGGGACUCUGUACACGUAUCCAGAGAACUGGAGAGCCUUCAAGGCUCAAAUUGCAGCCCAGUACAGCGGUGCACGCCUCAAGGUGGCCAGCAGCGCCCCUGCCUUCACCUUCGGGCAGACGAACCGUACCCCCGCCUUCCUCAACAACUUCCCCUUGGGCAAGGUUCCAGCUUUUCAGGGCGAUGACGGCUUCUGUCUUUUCGAGAGUAAUGCCAUUGCUCACUACCUGAGCAAUGAGGCCCUGCGUGGCAGCAGUCCCCAGGCCCAGUCCCAGGUGCUUCAGUGGGUAAGCUUUGCUGAUGCUGAAAUUAUCCCUCCAGCCUCUGCGUGGGUCUUCCCUACCUUGGGAAUCAUGCAGUUCAACAAACAGGCAACAGAGCAGGCCAAGGAGGAGGUAAAGAAGGUUCUGUCUGUCCUCAACCAUCACCUCAACACCAGGACCUUCCUGGUUGGAGAGAGAGUCAGCCUGGCUGAUAUCAGCGUGGCCUGCAGCAUGAUCUGGCUCUAUAAACAGGUCCUUGAGCCUUCCUUCCGCCAACCUUUCCCCAACGUGACCCGCUGGUUCCAGACCUGCGUGAACCAGCCCCAGUUCAAGACCGUGCUCGGAGAGGUCAAGCUCUGCGACAAGAUGGCUCAGUUUGAUCCCAAAAAGUUCACUGACAUGCAGCCCAAGAAAGACGGCCUUCCCAAGAAAGACACCCCUCCCAAGAAAGAGAAAGCUGGAAAGGAGGCAAGCAAACCUCAGGAGAAGAAGGAGAAGAAGAAGAAGGAAGAGAAGGAAGCUGCCCCUGCUGAGGAGGAAAUGGACGAGUGUGAAGCAGCUCUGGCUUCAGAACCCAAAACAAAGGACCCUUUCGCUCACCUGCCAAAGAGUGCGUUUGCAUGGACGAGUUUAAGAGGAAGUACUCUAACGAGGACACGCUGACUGUAGCCGUGCCCCACUUCUGGGAACACUUUGACAAGGAGGGCUACUCCAUCUGGUACGGCGAGUACAAAUACCCCGAGGAGCUUACCAUGACCUUCAUGAGCUGCAACCUCAUCAUGGGAAUGUUCCAGCGACUUGACAAACUACGCAAGAACGGCUUUGCCAGCGUGAUCCUGUUCGGCGGGAACAACGACAGUAGCAUUUCUGGAAUCUGGAUCUUCAGAGGACAGGAUUUAGCUUUCACUCUGUCUGAUGACUGGCAGAUCGAUUACGAGUCUUACGCCUGGCGCAAACUGGACCCCGACAGCGACGAAACCAAGACCAUGGUCAAGGAGUAUUUUGCUUGGGAGGGAGAAUUCAAACAUGUAGGAAAACCCUUUAACCAGGGCAAGUGCUUCAAGUGAGCAGCGUGGAGGAUGAUGGCACCAUGACCCCUAUACGUCCGCCGUUAUACAUCAACACCUUAACCUAAGGACAUUCAACCACCUUAAACUGCACUUGGACCUUCUCUAACUGAUCUUCAGUAUGAGUGGAUUGUGUCUCAAUGGUCCCAACAGAAGUGGUUGUUUUGAGUUGACAAAUAAACAUGUUUUCCACAA